AUGCUCGGAAGAAGCUCUUCUUCGUUGAAAUCCGCCACUUCUUUGCUUCGUUCUGUACAAGCACGUUCUUCUAGUUCUGGACUGAACUUCCAGUUUUCUGAUGAACAGAAGCAGCUUCGAGACUCUGUACGCAAGUUCGUUCAGGAAGAAAUCAUUCCUGUAGCUGGACAUUAUGACAAAACUAUGGAGUACCCAUGGGAUGUCAUGAAUAAAGCCCAUGCUCUCGGUUUCCUUAACACAGACAUUCCAGAGGAGUACGGAGGUAUCGGACUUGACCAAAUAAGUAAUGUAAUGGUCAGUGAAGAAAUUGCUUAUGGAUGCUCUGGUAUCGGAACCGCCAUUAUGGGCAACGGAUUAGCGGAGACUCCUCUGAUCCUCUGUGCCAAUGAUGACAUCAAGAAGCGUUACUUGACCAGAAUGGUUGAAGAACCUCUUAUUGCUGCUUAUGCCGUGACUGAGCCAGGAGCUGGGUCUGAUGUCGCUGGAGCUAAGACCAAGGCUGUGAAGAAGGGUGACGAAUACAUUAUUAAUGGAUCUAAGAUGUGGAUCACAAACGGAGGACAUGCUAACUGGUAUUUCGUUUUGGCCCGCACCGACGCUGAUCCUAAGUGCCCCUCUGGAAAAGCUUUCACCGGCUUUGUAGUUGACGCUGACACCCCAGGAUUGACUCGUGGAAGAAAGGAGAUUAACAUGGGACAACGCUGUUCUGACACUCGCGGGCUUACUUUCGAAGACGUCAGAGUCCCAGCCUCUAACGUUGUUGGAGCUCACGGAGAAGGAUUCAAGGUUGCCAUGAAAACUUUUGAUCGUACUCGUCCACUUGUAGCUGCUUUGGCUGUAGGUGUUGCUGCUCGUUGUCUUGAUGAGGCUACCAAGUAUUCAUUAGAGAGAAAGACUUUCGGAACUCCUAUCGUCAAUCAUCAAGCCAUCCAAUUCAUUCUUGCUGAUAUGGCAAUGAACUUGGAAUUAGCCAGACUUAUGACUUACAAGAGCGCCUAUGAGUCAGAACAAGCUCGUCCCGGAUCUUAUUACGCUUCCCUUGCCAAACUGUUCGCUUCUGAAACAACUAAUCUUGCCGCUACAAACUGUGUCCAAGUCUUCGGAGGAGCUGGAUUCAACACAGAAUACCCUGCUGAAAAGUUGAUGAGAGAUGCAAAAAUUUUCCAGAUCUAUGAAGGAACUAGUCAAAUUCAAAGAAUGGUCAUCGCUAGACAAUUGCUCGGACGAGUUAAAGCUAACGGAGGAUACUAA